GAAAGAAAUUUGUUGAUUUAAAAGUUUAGCAGUGCAUUUAAUAUUUUUCCUUUCAAACGAAGCAAAAAGGAUAAAAUUUAUAGUUAUUAGAUUAGCUUUUGUUGUCUUCCUCCCUCUGUCUCCUUCUCAUUCUUUUCUUUCCCUUACCUCCGACGAACCAGAAGAAGCAGCCAAAGAAAAUUUGUAAAGAAACCCUCCAAUAUUUUUAAAUUUUCUGUGACAGGUGGUUAAGAUCUGCUCAAAUGCAGUCAGAUCUUGGAAAAGCUUCUGUACAGGUGGAAAAGGAUGAAAAUGACUUAACUGGUUCGAUUUUGGCAAGUAACCAGGAUAAUACUCAUCAGGAAUCCAUAGAUCUGUCUUCUUCAACCUCUUCAUCAUCGUCGUCUGAUCAUGAGUCUAUUGAGACAGAAGAUCAGACUGAUGGGAAUGCUUCUAAGCGAUUGGUGCUUUAUGAUCCUACAGCUAAUGGUACAGGUGAAAUUGUACCUGUCCCAGAACCAGUUCAGUGUCAGCGUCUACCAUUUGGGAGAUGCUCAGGCCCACAUACGCAGUCUAGGGUUUUGCCAUCUGUUGGGGCUUUCACAGUUCAGUGUGCCAACUGCUUUAAAUGGAGACUCAUCCCAACAAAGGAGAAAUAUGAAGAAAUACGUGAACAUGUCCUAGAAAAUCCAUUUAUAUGUGAAAAAGCUCGUGAAUGGCGGCCUGAUAUAACAUGUGAUGAUCCAACAGACAUCUCUCAAGAUGGAAGCCGGCUUUGGGCUAUUGAUAAGCCCAAUAUUGCUCAACCUCCUUCUGGGUGGCAACGACUUUUAAGGAUCAGAGGUGAAGGAAGUACCAAAUUUGCGGAUGUGUAUUAUGAAGCACCAUCUGGAAAGAAACUUCGCUCAAUGGUUGAGGUUCAAAAGUACUUGAUAGAGCAUCCAGAAUACACCAGAGAUGGUGUGACUCUCUCACAAUUUUCAUUUCAAAUCCCGAAGCCCUUACAGGAAAACUAUGUGAGAAAGCGUCCUGCUAAAGUGACUACUACACAAGAUACUACAAAAUCUCUUGAACCUAAUGAAGUGAAUCCUCUAGCUUGGGCAAAUCCAAAUAACAGUACAAACUUGCGGCUGGGAAGGCCAGCACUUCCACCUCCACCAUUUGAGGGGCCUAUAUUAGAUCCUGUUCCUCGGCCAGCAAAGCAAGCGAAGAGAACAUCAAAACAGUUGUACAAUAAUACUGAGAUGUGUAAUCAGCAGCUGGUGACAGUGAAAGAGCCUGGUCAAUCUAGAAAUAGUAGUUGUGAUCUGUGAGGGUGUAAUCUUCAUCCUUUUCUUUUUGGUGACAACGGGCGAAUGCUUGUAUGCUGUAUAUUCAACUCUCAAGUGUGCUGGUUUUGUUUUCCAGAGAAGGGAGAGUCGAGGGGUUGGAGUGGUAUAAGCUUCAUUUUGUCGUGUGUGAUAAAACCAUAUGAUUUAAAAAAAAAACAAAAUAGAAAACAAUAGUUUAUACCAGAUACGAUAUUUUACAUCUACAGAAACUGUUGUGAAUAUACUUCUAUAUGUGCCAUCUUACAUCCAGUUUAAGAAAGGUUAUUAUUAUUA